AUGGUAGUCCAGCGAAUCUGGAAUUUUAUUUCGCGGCACAGGAAGAAAUUCAUCUUCACAGGCAUCCUUGCUGGUGGUGCCUACUAUUUUCUGAAGGUGAAGUUGCCCAAAGUUCAAGAGGAUUUCUUUGAUUCCUUGAUGAAAGAGCUGGCUGCAGGCGCUGCGUCUUCCAAUGGCCAGGCCGAAGAACAGCAGAGAAGAGCCAGCUUUCAGAAGCACCAGGAGGUUUCAGAUAGCUAUGCGCGGAAAGGCCUGAGAAGCUUCCUUGCUAGACACCAGGGCUGCUUCAAGAUUGACCAGUGCCACGCAAAGGUGAAGGCAGCAAGCAACAGCGAGAUGAAAGUGGCGGCCUUCAAAGAACUGCAGGUCGAAUGCCUUGCGCUGUUGGCAUCCGCAGCCUAUUCCUUGAACGUUAUUCUGAUGCUGCACAGAGUGCAGUUCAACAUUGCUGGCCGGGAAGCUGCUGCCGGUCAAUCUGGUGACUCCUCAGAGGCCAAUGGUGAACCAUCAGCUGCCAUGCAAGAGCUCAUUAGCUCCACGGACUUUUUCCUGGAGGGCCCUGCUAUGGUGGUCAAUGCCACGCGAAAAGCGGUGCAGGAGACAACAUCCCUGCAACCUGAGACUGCAGUGUCAACCAGCAGCUUGAGCUCCUUCUUCAAAGAAGUUUUCCAAAAAGUGGACAAGGAGGUCUCAAAUGUGGAUCCCUUUCAAACAUUGGACAACAUCGUAGGAAUUGAACCGGUAGGCAUUACCUUGGCCUCUAGGUUUACCAUGGUUUACCACCUUGAGCUGAAGAGUCUGAAGAGUGAUCUUGGAAACAUCUCCAGGGUGUGCUUCAGGGCUGCACUGGCUCAAAUCAUGGUCAGCACCUUGCUGCACUCGUGGCAAGUGCGGGAGCAUGAUUGCAGAAUCACCGCCGAUGAGAUGAGCGAAUUGCAAAGCACCCUGGGCGUCAGGCGCUCGCAGGUUGAGAGGUGCGGUGAGACUUGGGAGUCCCAGCCACAAGAGUCGGCAGCUGAUGCAAAGAGCAUCCCGGGGGUGAAGUUUGGGAGCGCACCACAUGUAGCAGACUGGUUGAGGCAAAAGACCCUUCAGAUGCCUGAGGAGGACAUUACCCGAGAUGAGCUGACCGAGGCCCUGCUCAAAGUCCUGGCGGCCAAUGGUGCGCCGAGUUCGAUGCAAAAGCUGGAAGAGAUCUCGGGCUGUUUGGCUGACCUUCAAAAGGAGCUGGUGGAGCAAAGAGACAGCCUAGGAGUGCAGAAGGAGGAGCUGGCUCGUCGAGAGGCGGAGCUCAAGGCGCAACUCGAAGCCUUGGAAGUGAAGCCCGAGAAGCCCAUGGAUAGGGACUAUCCGGUUCCAUCGUGGCUCACGAACUCUGAAGGAACGAUGAAUGUGGCGGUGGUGGGCAAUUCGGGCGUGGGAAAGUCUCUUCUCAUCAACAAGAUGCGGCGCUUGAAGCCCGGCGCUGCUGAGUGGGCGCCCACAGGGGUCAAAGAAACCACGCUGCGACCCAUGAUGUACACCUUCCCUGGCAUCGACAAAGUGAGACUGUGGGACCUUCCCGGAGCUGGAACCCCCGGCUUCCCAAAGGAGAACUAUUUGCGCGACAUGGGCUUGCGGCACUUUGAUUCUGUGCUGAUUGUGACUGCAAACCGCUUCACCUCGACAGAGGUGAUGUUGCGAGAGGAACUUGAGAGGUACACAGUGCCGUACUUCAUGGUCAGAACGAAGAUUGACCUUGACAUUUGGAACAACAAGGAGGACAACAAGCUCGAGGAGGCAGUGACCCUGAAGAACAUUCGGGAUGAGCUGGUACAGCAUGGAGUGAGCCAGAUCUAUCUGGUUUCUUCGCGCGAACCUGACCGCUAUGACAUGCCAGCACUUUUGGCCGACGCUUUCCCGGGAGUGAGGAACUACUUGGACGCGAGCAGUUUUCUAUUCGCUGGAGGCACAGAUGGAGCGACUGAGUCAUGGUCCCUCCCUGUGCUGUGGUCUUCCAUUGUUGCAGGCAUUCAGGGCCAAUGGCAAGAUGCCGUGGAAGAUUUUCUUUACGUUGUGGAUGGCACAGACGUGCACAUCACACAGCAGUGCGAUGGUCGAGCAGCAUCCAUUGUCCUCACGGAGCAGAGACAGCAGGUGCUCCUGCCGCCAGUGAGGCUUUCUCAAACUGAAUCAGACAAUCUAUUUGAAUAUGUGUGGGUGCGGGCAGCACGUUUUGCUUGA